AUGGCCGACGUGGAUGACAAGGAAAAGGCUGAGAAGCUUGCCGCAGCAAAGAAGCGUUUCGAGGAGUUGAAGAAGAAGCAGAAGGGAAAGAAGGGUGGAAAGAAGAAGGCAGACAAGGCCGAUGCCACAGAAGAGAAGGACGAUGCGACAGCAGAAGCACCAGCAGACGGCGAAGCACCUGAGGCCGAGGAAAAGACGGAAGAGGCGCCUGAGGAAUCUGCAGUCCCAGACGAGACUCCUGCCGAACGACCAACAACCGAGCGCAAACCCUCCCAGUCCGAGCAGUCACGACAGCGAUCAGCCUCGUUUAGACAAAACUCUGGCCUCACAUCUCCGAGCUUGUCCAAAUCGCCUGCCCUCCCAUCCAUCAGUGCCGAAGACGAAGUUCAAGACAUCUAUCGCAAGCAAGCAUCACGAAUCGAGGAGCUGGAGAAGGAGAACAAGACCCUUCAGGAGACGCAGUCAAAAUUGCAGAAGGUUGAGGAUGAGCUGGAGCAGUUGAGAGAGAGCAGCGGCGAUGUUGCCGAACUCAAGUCUAAGGCUGCCCUGGCCGACAAGCGACACGAAGAGAUCGAGAAGCUGACCUCCGAGUUGACAUCGGUACAGCGACAGCUCUCUCAGGCUCAGCAACAGGUAGCCGACAAGCGACGCAAAUCCAAUGCAAGUCCCUCGCGCGAGAUUCAGGCACAAUUGGCAUCCAAGACAUCAACCAUCGAGUCGCUGGAGCUGGAGUUGUCCAACCUUCGAAACCAAUACAACAUGUCGCAGUCGUCUGUGACCGCCCACGAGGCCACCAUCAAGGAACUUGAGCAGCGCGCCACUAGAGCCGAGCAGGCUGCUGAAGCAGCACAGAAAGAGAUUGAGACAUUGAAGGAAACGAUCAACAAGCCAGUCGAGACAGAAAAGAACGAUGCUGAAGAUCCUGCUGCACUACAAGCAAAGAUCACAACUCUGGAAUCUGAUCUACGCACCGCUCAAUCGUCUGCCGACGCAGCGACCAGCCGCGCCAGCUCCCUGGAACAGAAGAUUGAGACCCUGACAAAACUCCACAAGGAUCAAACCAGCAGUCACGACUCCCAGAUCAAAGACUUGACUUCCAAGCUUGCAUCGCUGAAAACAUCCCAAACGCCUGCCGCAAACGAUACAGACUCCCUCACGGACGAUGCUGACGACCUCGAGCGCGAACAAUUGCACCAACGCAUUCGCGACCUUGAAGCUGAAAACACCGAUCUGCGCCGUGGCGUGUGGCGCGAGCAAAGGGCUGCCAUGCAACCUGAUAUCAACGACGCAUCACCAGGCUAUGAAGACGUCGAUCUCAGCAACCCAUACGCUGCCCCCUCAUCCACACAUCGCCCACACGCCCGCACAGGCAGCAGCUUCCAGGAUGUGCUACAAAGCGGUAUCAGUGCUUUCACCGGUGGCCAAAGGAAACAAUCGUUGGGUCUGCUGAGCGAGGAAGACUUUGACGAAGACUCUUUCCGUGUUGCUCAAGAAGAGGAGGGUAAGAAGAGAAUCGAAAGAAUCAGAGAAGUCAAGCGCGGAUUGGAAGGUUGGAGAGGUUGGCGUGUAGAUCUUGUGGAUCUAAGAGCAGGUGGUCUAGGUGGUGGUGCAGCCACUGGUCCCAUGUUUGAAGUAUAA